GCAAAACAUGUUUUGGUAAAGUAUUUUUCUCUUCCCUAGCCUGUUGUCCAGAUCAAGUUACAGUGAAGAGGAAGGUUCUUUCAUUCUGUCCUAGCUCCACAAUGAGCACCUCUCUGCCUCAUUUGGUCAUUUUCUUCAUUACUUAUCACAUUCACAAGCUGGAAUCAGCUGAGUUCAGAGUGAUGGGUCCUGGUCACCCUGUCACUGCCAUUUUGGGUGAGAACAUUGUGUUACCCUGUCACCUGACCCCCAGGAUGAGCGCUGAGAACAUGGAGGUGAGAUGGUUCCGAUCUGAGUUCUUUUCAGUUGUGCACCUGUAUCAUGGAGGAAAGGAUCAGUAUGGAAAGCAGAUGCCAGACUAUCAUGGAAGGACGGAGCUUUUGAAAGAUGGCAUCCUAGAUGGGAAUGUUUCCUUGCAGAUUCUUAAUAUCAGACGCUCAGAUGAAGGACAAUACAACUGUUUUGUUCAAGAUGGUUCUUUUUAUGAAGAAGCCCUAUUGGAACUGAAGAUAGCAGGUUUGGGCUCCAAUCCUCUCAUCUCUGUGGAGAGUCACCAGGAUGGAGGGAUCCGGAUGGUUUGUCAAUCGGCUGGUUGGUAUCCAGAGCCCAAGGUUCUAUGGCGAGAUCUCAGUGGGCAAGAAUUACCAUCGCUCUCUGAAGCAAAAUCCCUCGGGGAUAGUGGCCUGUUUGAAACAGAAAAUUCUGUUAUUAUAAAAGAACGUUCAAACCAGAACCUGUCCUGUUUGAUCAGGAACACCGUUCUCAAUCAAGAAAAGGAAUCAACGGUUUAUAUAGCAGAUUCCUUUUUCCCGAGGGUGAAUCCAUGGAUGGUGGCUCUGAGUGUGAUUCUCCUGGUUUUGUUUGGUUUCAUUGGCCUCACUGUUUAUCUAUUUAAAAUAAAAGGUAAAUGUCACAGGGGAAAAUUUAGUGAAAUUAACAAGAAAUUUUCUUCUAAUAAAUGGAAAAAGGGAAGAAUGAAAUUUUACACUGGGCCAAGCAGGGGAAGCACGGACCUACCCUGUGCUUCCCUCAGCAGCACAGGGAAGAAAAUGUUACUAAGAUUCCCAUUUGCUCUAGGGGGCAGUGAUCUUCAUCAGCCCUUUACAGGCACAGAAUAUUUCUCCCCCAGAACUGCCUCAGUUAAGCUGAAUGGAGCACUUGGGGAAGAUUGAUCCAAAACCUUCUCCACUCCUCACUCUUUUCUGCCCACUUUCCACCCAACUGUGCAGUUAUUCCUCCUCAGUCCCCAUGGACUUUGGGAAUUAGUUAAUGUCUUUUUCCCUCCUCUGAUAAGUAAAUAUUUUGUACAGAGUUGGGUCCCCAUAAAGAUUGUGUGUUGUUUUAUUUUGGGAGCAGUUGUCUGUGAUUUCAUUUACUGUUAAAAAGAAAUUGGAAUGAGACAAAGCCUGGCAAAUUUCAUCCCAAUAGAUAAUAUUAAAAAAAUAUACACAGUAGAAAAGAGGGUUCUGAAUAGACAUGAGCUCCGAGCCUUAACCUGAGUUCUGACUAUGGUGAGAAACAAGAAGUCAGAGAUGGAGAAGGGAAACCUUUUUCUCCUGGUGUAGAGAACAUGAAACCCCUCAAAGGCUCAUGAAUUGUAUAAUCACUGUGCAACUUUCACGAAAUGCAGACAACUGUAUAACCAAGGCAAAAAUGCUCCUAAUAAUUUAUAUUUAUUUCUGUUUAUUUUUAAUGGAACGGGGUGUAGA